AUGGAAUGUAUAUCUACAUCCUUCUUCAGUGUGGCAGUUAAUGGUUCUAUUUAUGGGCAUUUCAAAGGGCAGCGUGGUCUUAGGCAAUGGGAUCCUCUUUCCCCUUACCUUUUUGUUCUCUAUAUUGAAUAUUUUGCCCGGGAUAUACAAAGCCUCAAGGACAAUGCCAAUUUCCAAUUUAAUCCUAACUGUGCAGUCACUCAGCUUUCUCACUUGACAUUUGCUGAUGAUAUUAUGCUCCUGUCCAGAGGAGACCUGCCCUCUGUGUCUGCAAUCUAUGCCAAACUGCAACACUUUUGCAAUGUCUCAGGAUACUUGGGUGUUCCCUUUUUAUCAUCUAGGCUGAAUGUCUGCCACUAUGCUCCCUUACUUUCUCAUAUUACUUGUCUCAUUCAAGGAUGGAGCAGAAAAUCUCUAUCCUAUGCAGGGAAGGUGGAGCUUAUAAGGGCUGUUAUUCAGGGUAUUGCUAACUUCUGGAUGAGUAUCUUCCCCUUGCCCCAAUCUGUUUUGGACACAAUCAUUGCUACAUGCCGCAACUUUCUUUGGGGAAAAGCUGAUGGUGGUAAGAUCAAACCUUUGGUGGCUUGGUCUGAAGUUUGCACUCCCAAAAAAGAGGGCGGGUUAGGCCUCUUUAAUCUCAAGGACUGGAACAUCGCUCUCCUGUCCUGUAUUCUUUGGGACUUGCACUCAAAGAAGGAUUCCCUUUGGGUCCGAUUGGUCCAUCAUUAUUAUUUCAAAGGAGGCAAUGUGUGGGACUUUAUUAGUUCCUCUUCAGACUCUGUCUUUAUUCAGAUCAGGGACAUUAUCAUCUCUAAAGAAGAAAAUAUUGAGGUAGCCAAGCUGAUGCUAAAUUCUUGGGGUUGUAAUGAACAGACGCUUGCGGGGAAGAUGUAUGAUUACAUCAGAGGGACCAGACCUGUUGUCCACUGGAGUUCUAUUAUUUGGAAUCCAGUCAUUCCGUCAAAGAUGUCCUUUAUUCUGUGGCUUGCUACCAAGAACCGUCUGCUCGCUCUUGACAGAGCUGCCUUCCUGAACAAGGGUUUCCUCUGCCCUUUGUGCACUAAUGAGGCAGAAUCCCAUGCUCAUUUGUUCUUCUCUUGCAGAAUUUCUCUUCGAGUUUGGGCUCAUAUUCGCGACUGGAUUCCACUAAAAAGGCAAUCUAUUUCUCUUCAGCACAGUAUCAGUGCUCUCAUUCGUCGUAGAGCCACAUCGGGCGUUUAG